GUCUCUGGCUAUAUGGCAACAUGGAGGUCGUCUGCAUUUAAUGACGCUGACUGCUCUUCCAGUGGGCCAGGGUUCAGUUCGCAGCACCCACAUAGUGGCUUACAACCUUCUAUUACUUCAAUUCCAGGGGACCCAAAACCCUCUUCAGACCCUCUCGAGUGUCAGGCACGCAGGUUAUACACAGAUAUGCAUACCUGCGAAACACUCAUACACGUCAAAUAAGUGUUUAAGAAAAAAAGAAAGAAAAAGGAAGAAAAUAGUGGGGCGAAGUUGGAGGUGCCGGAGGGGCGCCACCACAGCCGACACCCGUCAGGGCGCGGGUUCUUGGCUCCCCGGAGUUGCUUAGCAGAGGAUCUGCGCGCUGAUAGACCUCUCCACCCCUCAGCGCGUCCCAAGCGCCUCAGACACAGGCUGCGGGAUGCUCAUCUGCCGCGGCUGCCACCUCCCGGAUGUUGGCAGCAGUAGCCGGAGGCAAGCUUCAGGCAUCCGAUAGGGCCGGAAACCGAGCUACCUACUUCCGCCUCCGGCCGGAAGUACCUUCCCGGCAAAGGGUUACUGGGCAUUCUGGACCGUAACCCUCGCUUGCAAUGGCUGCGUCUUUGGUCGGGAAGAAGAUCGUGUUUGUGACGGGAAACGCCAAGAAGCUGGAGGAGGUCAUUCAGAUUCUCGGAGAUAAUUUUCCAUGCACUUUGGAGGCUCAGAAAAUUGACCUGCCUGAGUACCAGGGAGAACCGGAUGAGAUUUCCAUACAGAAGUGUCGGGAGGCAGCUCGACAGGUGCAGGGCCCUGUCCUGGUGGAAGAUACCUGUCUGUGCUUUAACGCACUUGGGGGACUGCCUGGCCCCUACAUAAAAUGGUUCCUACAGAAGCUGAAGCCUGAAGGUCUCCACCAGCUCCUGGCCGGCUUUGAAGACAAAUCGGCCUAUGCACUCUGCACAUUCGCUCUCAGCACUGGGGACCCAAGCCAGCCAGUGCUUCUCUUCAGAGGCCAGACCUCGGGACAGAUUGUGAUGCCACGAGGCAGCCGGGACUUUGGCUGGGAUCCCUGCUUUCAGCCUGAUGGAUAUGAGCAAACGUAUGCAGAGAUGCCAAAGUCUGAGAAGAACACCAUUUCUCAUCGGUUCCGGGCCCUGCACAAGCUACAGGAGUACUUUAGUGUGGCUGCUGGGGCUGGUGACCACUAGCGCCAUGGGUAGGGGCUAGUGCAGAACUCCCUAGGAGGCAGGCACUCCUGUGAGGCUUUCUCUGGGUUCCCCUCUGCCAGGAGAUCCAGGCAGCAUCAGGAGCCAGUUCUUGGAAGAGCAGUUGGCUCUGCAUAGGGGAACUCUGAGCCAGUUGAUACUAAACUCUUGUCCCUUGGAUUCAAGAGUUUCCUUUGACCAGGCAUGGUAGCGCACACUUUUAAUCCCAGAAUUUGGGAGGCAGAGGCAAACAGAUCUUUGUGAGCUCAGGGCCAGCCUGGUUUACAUAGUGAAUUCCUGGAUAGCCAGAGCUACAUAGUGAGACCUUGUCUCAAAAACAAAACAAAGAAACCAAAACAACAACAACAACAAAAAGUUGUUCUUGUAGCCUCUGGCUCUGGGAUCCUGGGAAAAUUUUGGUUGUUUGUUCUUAUAUGGUUGAAGGUUUGGCAAAGAAACACACAACUUUUGGUUUUAGAAUAUAGCAAAUGUAAAUUCUAGAAGACUUUCCAAAAUAAAUGGUGUGUCUGUUUUGA